AUGAAAAUCGUCAUCCUUUUGGUUUUAGUGAUGUCAUCGUUAGGAAGGCUUACACAGAGAAAUGACCUGUUUGGAAAAGAACAGAUAGUCAAGGCCGCUAUUACAGAGUGGUUUACACAGAAACUAGAUCACAAUGAUCCAACUUCACAAGAAGUGUUUAAACAAAGAGUUCACAUUUAUAAUGAAUAUGUAAAAGAUGACUAGCCUGAAGCAGUUAUUUUAUAUAUCUGUGGUGAAUGGACAUGUGAUGGAAUUGGCAAGGGAUUAACAUUUGAUGCUGCCUAAUAAUUGAAUGCUGUUGUACUAGUUUUGGAACAUAGAUAUUAUGGUUAAUCACAACCAUUUGAGGAUUGGAGUACUCCAAAUUUAAAGUAUCUCAAUAUCCACUAAGCAUUGGAUGACAUAGCCUAUUUUAUCACUAGCAUUAAAGCUAAUGGAAACUACAAUAUUAAGCCAGACACUCCAUGGAUCCACCUUGGAGGUUCAUACCCAGGAGCACUGAGUGCUUGGUUUAGAUACAAAUAUCCUCAUUUGACUAUUGGAGGUUUGGCAUCCUCUGCAGUUGUUAGGGCUGUUGCUUGUUAUCACGAAUACGACAUGCAAGUUUAUCUUUCUGCCUUAGAGAGUUCAACUGAAUGUGCGGAUAGAAUUCAGCAAGUAAACCAAAAGAUUGAGGAUGAAUUGGCUAGAGAUCCUGAUGCUAUCAAGGCUGCAUUUGGUGCUUCAGAAUUAUAAGAUAUUGAAUUCUUGUCUAUGAUUGCUGAUAUCUAUGCUGGUAUGGUAUAAGGAAGAAAGAGAUCAAAGAUGUGUGAUAGACUAGCAAAAGGAUCUACUGUAGAGGAAUGGUUUUUAGAAGUAAAGGACAUGGCUAGAGAAACAGUUGAUUAGGAGAGUUACGGUUCAGAAUUUUUAAGGGAUAUCACUAUUGACUUUUCAAAGAGUUCAAGAUAAUGGACAUAUCAAACUUGCAUUGAAGUUGGCUACUUCUAAACUGCUAAUCCCAAUGCAGAACAAUCUACUAGAUCAUAAGAGUUAGUUCUUGAUUUCUUCAGAUAGUUGUGUGAGUACUCCUAUGACAUCCCCAUAUUCCCUGAUGAAGAUAGAACAAAUGCUUAUUUCGGUGGUCUUGAUAUCAAUGUGGAUCAUCUCAUAUUUUCAAAUGGCUCUGAUGACCCCUGGUAACAUGCUUCAAUAACAAAAUGGAAGUAAGGAAAAGAAUAUGAUGUCAAAUAUAUUAAAUGCAAGGACUGUUCACAUUGUAUUGAUCUUAGGGCAUCCAGUCCAGAAGAUCCCCCCGAAUUAACUAAAGCUAGACAAGAAAUCCUAGCAACAUUCUAAUAAUGGAUUAACGAAUAUUAAUUGCAACAACAAUAAAAAGCUACGAUAAUUGAGUGA